GUGGAGCUUCUUGAGUCCGGGCCUAUUUCGGAUGCCUCUCUGAUGCCAGGUGCUUUGACUCAACCCUGAGACUUUGCCUGUCACCUCUAGUGUGGUAAGAGGAUCCGGAAACAGUGUGCUAUAGAGGGAAAGGCUGUUUGGGUUGGCACAGCUGUUAGCUGUGGCAGCGUCCUGCGUGUGACAGAGCUGUAGCUGAAUUUGAUUCAGUGCCGUGAGGACUGAGCCUACACACUCCUGAGUGCACCAUGACUGGACAGAGGAGACGGUUACUCCUCAACUAGAGGGACCUCUGGCUACAAAGAGGACUGGAAUUUGAAGUGCAAAGUGUAAUACUUCAGCCUUCAGAAUGGUGGCGCUCUCUCUGAAGAUCUGUGUGAGGCAGUGUAAUGUAGUGAAGACUCUGCAGUUUGAGCCAUCCACAGCUGUGUAUGACGCGUGCCGGGUCAUCAGAGAGAGAGUUCCAGAAGCACAAAGUGGACAAGCUUCAGAGUAUGGGCUGUUCCUGUCGGACGAGGACCCCCGGAAAGGAAUCUGGUUGGAUGGUGGACGGACGCUGGAUUACUAUAUGCUGAGAAAUGGGGACAUCCUAGAGUAUAAGACGAAGCACAGGCCUCAGAAGAUUAAGAUGUUGGAUGGUGCAGUAAAGACUGUAAUGGUGGAUGACUCUAAAACAGUCGGAGAGCUUCUCAUCACCAUCUGCAGUAGAAUAGGAAUCACUAACUAUGAUGAGUACUCGCUGAUUCAGGAGCUGGUGGAGGAGAAGAAAGAUGAAGGGCUGGGCACGCUGAAGAAAGAGCACCCUCUGCUGGGGGACGAGAGAAAGAUGGAGAAGCUCAGAGCCAAACUGCACACGGAGGAUGACUUGAACUGGCUGGACCAUGGUCGAACGUUUCGUGAACAGGGUAUUGUGGCGAGCGAAACUCUGCUGUUGAGGCGAAAGUUCUUCUACUCUGAUUUGAAUGUGGACUCUCGGGACCCAGUUCAGCUGAACCUGCUGUAUGUCCAGGCUCGUGAUGACAUUCUGAAUGGUUCUCACCCAGUCUCCUUUGACAAGGCUUCUGUGUUUGGGGGCAUUCAAACACACAUCCAAUUUGGCCCUCAUAUUGAGCACAAGCACAAAGCUGGAUUCCUGGACUUAAAGGAGUUCCUUCCUAAAGAAUACAUGAAGCAGAGAGGAGCUGAAAAGAAAAUCUUUCAGGAACAGAAGGCAUGUGGAGAGAUGACAGAGAUUGAAUCUAAAGUGAAAUAUGUGAAACUGGCCAGGUCACUCAGAACCUAUGGAGUCUCCUUCUUCCUUGUGAAAGAGAAGCUGAAGAGCAAGAAUAAACUUGUGCCUCGAUUGUUGGGAGUAACUAAAGAGUCUGUGAUGCGAGUGGAUGAGAAAACCAAAGAAGUGCUACAGGACUGGCCCCUGACUAGGGUGAAGAGAUGGGCUGCAUCACCGAAGAGCUUCACGCUGGAUUUUGGAGAGUAUCAGGAAAGCUAUUACUCUGUCCAGACCACAGAGGGGGAGCAGAUCUCUCAGCUAAUAGCUGGCUACAUUGACAUCAUCCUCAAAAAGAAGCAAAGUAAAGAUCGCUUUGGUCUAGAAAGUGAUGAAGAAGCUGCCAUGCUGGAGGAAUCCAUCUCUCCAAAGAAGUCUACCGUUGUACAACAGCAGUCAAACAGGGUUGGACAGCCCGAGUAUGGCUUAGUGGCCUUACCAGGUGUGCUGCGCUCCAGCUCUGUUGCCCCGGAAACUCUAAGUUUGGGUACUAUGCCGUCUCCACAGCAACAGAUCACCACUGGACAGAUGCAUCUUGGGCACAUGCCUCCACUGAGUGCAGCCCAACAGGCUCUGGUGGGAACCAUUAACACCAGCAUGCAGGCUGUGCAGAAGGCCCAGCUUCACUUGGAAGGCACGGAGGACAUCGCCUCACUGGGAGAUGACUGGGCCUCCAAAAUGUGGAACCAGAACAAGGUUGAUGAGUCCAAACACGAGAUCCACUCUCAGGUUGGGGCCAUUACAGCUGGCACUGCCUCCGUCGUCAAUCUGACAGCAGGAGACCCGUUAGACACGGAUUACACAGCAGUUGGCUGUGCCAUCACCACCAUCUCCUCUAACCUGACGGAGAUGUCCCAGGGGGUGAAGCUGCUUGCAGGCCUGAUGGAAGACGAGGUGGGCAGCGGGCGGGACCUGCUACGGGCUGCCAGGACGCUGACAGGAGCCGUCUCUGACCUGCUCAUAGCUGUGGAGCCUGCCUCAGGACAGCCUCGACAGACUGUAUUGACUGCAGCUGGUCAUAUUGGUCAGGCCAGUGGAGACCUCCUCCGACAGAUUGAGGAGAAUGACACUGAUGAACGAUUCCAGGAUGUUCUGAUGAGUCUAGCUAAGGCCGUAGCGAACGCGGCAGCCAUGAUGGUUCUGAAGGCGAAGAAUGUAGCCCAAGUGUCUGAGGAUAUGGUCUUGCAGAACACAAUCAUCACCGCAGCAACCCAGUGCGCCCUCUCCACCUCCCAGCUGGUAGCCUGUGCCAAGGUGGUGAGCCCCACCAUGAGUUUGCUAGAGUGUCAGGAGCAGCUGGUGGAGGCGGUGCGGUUGGUGGAGCGCUCGGUGGAGAGCUGUGUGGAGGCCUGCGUCUGUGCCAACCCCGACAACGAGCUGCUUCACGCAGUUAGUGCAGCUGCUAGUGUGGUGAGCCAGGCACUCGCUGAGCUGCUGGCACACGUGCGUAACUUCACCACUUGGAGAGAGUCAGUUGGACGCUACGACCAGGCCACAGAUGCCAUCAUGACCGUUACAGAGAACAUCUUCAGCUCUAUGGGAGAUGCUGGUGAGAUGGUGAGGCAGGCACGGGUUCUGGCACAGGCGACCUCUGACCUAAUAAAUGCUCUGAGGUCAGAUGCAGAGAUGGAAGUUGACGUGGACAACUCGAAAAAGCUCCUUGCUGCUGCCAAACUUCUGGCCGAUGCCACAGCGCUCAUGGUGGAAGCUGCAAAGGGGGCAGCAGCAUGUCCGGAAAAUGAGGACCAGCAGCAGAAGCUGUGGGAGGCAGCGGAGGGGCUGCGUGUAGCCACCAACGCCGCCGCCCACAACACCACCACCCACAACACCACCAAUGCCACCAAAAAGAAGCUGAUCACCAGGCUGGAGAAUGCCUCCAGGCAGGCUGCCGCUGCUGCCACUCAGACCAUUGCAGCAGCCCAGAAUGCAGCAGGAUCCAACAAGAACACUGCUGCCCACCAGCAACUGGUGCAGAGCUGCAAGGUACUGGCUGAGCACAUCCCUCACCUGGUGCAAGGUGUGCGGAACAGUCAGGGCCAGCCUGAGAAGGGCAGUUCCCAGCUCGCCCUCAUCGUUGCCAGCCAGAACUUCCUCCAGCCUGGCGGUCAGAUGGUGGCCUCAGCCAAGUGCUCUGUUCCAACGGUCACAGACCCAUCGGCGGCCUUGCAGCUGGGGCUGUGUGCCAGGAACCUGGACACCAGCCUGGCAGAGCUUCACACAGCCAUAAAGCAGGUUCAGGAGGCGAGUGGUGUGGAGGAGAUGGACUCAGUCCUCUCAGUCAUACAGACACUGAGCAACCAGCUCAGCCAGGCUAAGAUGGCCACUGUUAAACAGCAGCUCAGACCUCUGCCUGGAGAAUCGUUGGAGAAAUGUGCACAGGACCUUGGCAGCACAUCUAAAGUUUUUGGAUCUUUCAUGGCUCAGCUGCUUACCUGCACUGCACAAGGCAAUGAGCAUUACACAGGUGUUGCUGUCAGAGAGACUGUUCUAGCUCUGAAAAGACUUGCACAGGCGGUAAUGGGUGUGGCAGCAGCGACCUCUGACCCUGCAGUAGCCUCUGCCAUGUUGGACUCAGGCCGAGAUUUUAUGGAGGGUUCAGCUGAGCUGUUCUCCAAGGCCAGACAGGUGCUGCUGAGCCAUGGCGAUACAGAGAGCCAACAGAAGUUAGCUGAGGUGGCGAAGGCUGUUUCACACUCCCUCAGCAUGUGUGUGAGCUGUCUGCCAGGACAGAAGGAUGUUGAUCUGGCUCUGAAGAGCAUUGCAGAAGCCACUAAGAAGCUGCAGCUGGACACGGUCCCUCCGUGCUGCAGGUCCUUCCAAGAAGCACAGAUGGACCUUAGCCAGACGGCAGCUGAUCUGAAUCAGUCUGCAGGAGAUGUAGUUCACGCCUCCAGGGGAACAAGCCACCAGCUUGCAGAUGCUUCUGGAAAGUUCAGCGAGGAUUUUGAUGAGUUUCUUAAUGCAGGCAUUGAGAUGGCAGGCCACACACAGUGUAAAGAUAAUCAGCUCCAGGUGAUUGGUACUCUGAAAAACAUCUCCAUGGCCUCCAGUAAACUGCUGCUGGCUGCUAAGUCUCUGUCUCUGGACCCUGGAGCAGCUAUCGCUAAAAGCCUGCUGACAGGAGCUGCCAGGUCUGUAACUGACAGCAUAAACCAUCUGAUUACUUUGUGUACACUGCAAGGACCAGGGCAAAAGGAGUGUGACAAUGCACUCAGAGAACUCCAGGCUGUGGAGGAGCUGUUAAACCAUCCUAAUGAGCCAAUCAGUGAGUCGUCGUAUUUUGACUGCAUUGAGAAUGUCAUGGAGAACUCAAAGGUCCUUGGGGAGUCUAUGGCAGGUAUUUCCCAUAACUGCAAGGUUGCAGAUGUGGAAGCUUUCGGAGAGUGUGUGGCUCUGGCCUCUAAAGCCCUCUGUGGACUUACAGAGGCAGCUGGACAGGCUGCUUACCUUGUGGGCGUGUCAGAUCCUAACAGCCAAGCAGGUCAACAGGGCUUAGUCGAUACCAUUCAGUUUGCACGAGCAAAUCAGGCGAUCAGGAUGGCCUGUCAGAACCUCAGUGACCCUGGCAGUAGUCCAUCCCAGGUGCUCUCUGCGGCGACCAUUGUGGCGAAGCACACCUCAGCACUAUGUAACGUGUGCCGUCUGGCGUCCUCUAGGACCGACAACCCUGUUGCCAAGCGACACUUUGUCCAGUCAGCCAAAGAGGUGGCCAACAACACUGCCAACUUGGUGAAAACCAUCAAGGCUCUGGAUGGGGAUUUUUCAGAUGAGAAUCGGGAGAAAUGUCGUGUUGCUGCAGCUCCUCUGACUGACGCUGUGGGCAGUCUGACCACUUUUGCUUCCAGCCCCGAGUUUGCCAGUGUGCCUGCGCAAAUAAGCAGAGAGGGUUGUGCUGCACAGCUGCCUAUCCUUCAGUCAGCACACUCCAUGCUGGCUAGCUCCAUCCUCCUCUUGAAUACUGCACGCUCACUGGUUCUGAACCCUAAAGACCCUCUAACAUGGUCCACACUUGCUGGCCACUCACGUACGGUGUCUGACUCCAUCAAGAGCCUCAUUGCUGCCAUCAGAGAAAAAGCUCCAGGCCAGAGGGAAUGUGACUGUGCCAUAGAGAGCAUUAGCAAAGCCAUCAGAGAGCUUGAGCAAGCCUUCCUUGCAGCCGUUACGCAGGGUCUCCCUGCCCAAGACAUCUCCCUGCAGGCUUUGCAGGAGAAACUGAUGUCAUCAGUUGAGGAAGUGGGUCACCUGAUUGAGCCCACCUCUACCGCAGCUAAGGGGGAGGCGGCACAGCUGGGACACAAUAUGUCACAGCUGGUGAGCUGUUUUGAUGAUCUGUGCAGAGCAGCUGUGGGUGUAGCAUCUCUGCUGCUUCACCACCAGCAGCAGAUGACCGUGCUGGACCAGGUGAAGACCCUGGCGGAAUCUACGCUGCAGAUGCUCUAUGCUGCCAAGGAGGCAGGCGGCAAUCCAAAGGCCAUACUUACCCAUCAAGCCAUAACUGAGGCGGCUCAGCUGAUGAGGGAGGCCAUCAGUGAUCUCUUGCUGACCCUGAAUGAAGUAGCCAGUGAGGUGGGCGUUGUGGGGGCCAUGGUGAAUUCCAUCACUGAUGCUGUGGACAAGUUGGCUGAGGGGACCCGGACUGAUGCACAGGGCUCAUUUGUGGACUACCAGACCACCAUGGUGCAGCACUGCACAUCCCUCGCUGCAGCGGCACAGGAGAUGAUGACAAAGUCAGUGAGUGCCCCUGAAGAACUGGGCAGUUUAGCGUCUCGGGUGACGGCGGACUACAGGCAGCUGGCACUGCAGCAGCACACUGAGGUCUCUCCAGCAGAUGAGGAGGAGGAGGUGGGUCUGCAGGUGAGAGGGCAUGUCCAAGAACUCGGUCAUCUGUGCAUCGCGCUGGUACAGAAAACAGGGGCCCUGCAGCUGUGCUCGUCAGGAUUAGUCACCAAGAGGGAGCUCAAUGAGUGUGUACGCGCCAUCACUGAGAAGGUCUCUGUCCUGGUGUCAGCCCUCCAGGUGGGUAAUAAGGACAUCCAGGCGUGUGCCAGUGCAGCCAGUGCUGUGUCAGGCAUCGUAGCCGAUCUGGACACAGUCAUCAUGUUUGCCUCAGCAGGCACACUUAACAUGGAGAACGAUGCAGGUUCUUUUGCUGACCAUAGGGAGACCAUUCUGAAGACGGCCAAAGUGCUGGUUGAGGACACGAAGAAGCUGGUGUCUGGAGCAGCGUCUGGCCCAGAGAAGCUGGCACAUGCAGCCCAGUCGUCCGCCCAGACCAUCACGCACCUCAGUGAGGUGGUGAAGGUGGGGGCCGCCAGCCUUGGCCCUGCAGACCCUGACACACAGAUGGUGUUGAUUAAUGCAGUGAAGGAUGUUGCUAAAGCUUUAGCUGAGCUCAUUGGCGCCACCAAGUGGGCAGCUGGAAAAGCAGCAGGCGACCCGUCCAUGUUCCAUCUGAAGAGUGCAGCUAAGGUGAUGAUAACGAACGUGACGUCACUGCUGAAGACUGUGAAAGCAGUGGAGGAUGUGGCCACUAGGGGGAGUAGAGCGCUGGAGGCUGCUAUCGAGGCCAUCAAACAAGAGCUCUGUGUUUUUCAGUCCAGAGAUACUCCAGUGAGGUCUGCCACACCUGAGGAGUUCGUUCGAAUGACCAAGGGCAUCACCAUGGCCACAGCUAAAGCUGUUGCUUCUGGUAACUCUGCCAGACAGGAAGAUGUCAUCUCCACAGCCAACCUGAGCCAAAAAGUUAUUGCAGAUAUGCUAACAGCAUGCAAGAGAGCAGCGUAUCAUGAUGGGGUUAGUGAGGAACUGAGGGCCAAGGCGCUGCUUUAUGGGACAGAAUGCACCAAAGUGUACAUAGACCUGCUGGAGCAAGUUCUGCAGGUCCUGCAGAGGCCCACAGCAGAACAGAAGCAACACUUGGCUGUCUUUUCCAAACGUGUAGCUGGCGCAGUUACUGAACUCAUUCAUAUAGCAGAGAACAUGAAAGGUUCUGAGUGGGUUGACCCAGAGGACCCCACAGUGAUUGCAGAGACUGAACUGCUGGGAGCUGCAGCCUCCAUCGAAGCUGCUGCCAAAAAGCUGGAACACCUCAAACCCAGAGCAAAACCAAAGCAAGCUGAUGAGAGUUUGGACUUUGAGGAGCAGAUUCUAGAAGCAGCCAAGUCUAUUGCCACAGCAACUAGUGCCUUGGUGAAAUCUGCCUCAGCUGCCCAGAGAGAGCUUAUUGCCCAGGGCAAGGUGGGCUCUAUUCCUGCGAAUGCAGAGGACGAUGGCCAGUGGUCACAAGGACUCAUCUCUGCUGCUCAUCUGGUUGCUGCGGCGACGGGUAGCCUAUGUGAGGCAUCUGUGCAGGGUCACCACGGCAGUGAGGAGAGGCUUAUCUCCUCUGCCAAGCAGGUGUCCACCUCCACCGCACAACUGCUGCUCACUUGCAAGGUGAAGGCAGACCACAACUCUGAGGCUAUGAGGAGGUUACAGGCUGCUGGUAACGCAGUGAAGCGAGCGUCAGACAAUCUGGUGAAGGCGGCGCAGAAAUCAGCCUUUGAUAAGACCGAUGAGGAUAACGUGGUGGUGAAGACCAAUUUUGUUGGAGGAAUUGCUCAGAUCAUUGCGGCGCAGGAGGAGAUGUUGAAGAAGGAGAGAGAGCUGGAGGAGGCCAGGAAGAAACUAGCUCAGAUCAGACAACAGCAGUACAAAUUCCUGCCUAGCGAACUAAGAGGGGAUGAGGACUAAAUCACUACCUCCUGUGGGUGUGUGAGGCAGGGGGUGUACAGGAAGUAGAUGUGAUGGACAAAACUGAUUUCUGUAUGUGUUGCAGCAGCCCUUAAUUGUUUUCAAAACAGCAGCAGCAUGGCGCUCACAAGGGCUCCAUGUGCUUCAGCUCCACUCAAGGCUCAAUGUGAUCACAUUACAACACUUGCUUACCUUUCUGACUAUAAACAAGUCAAAUAUUGAAUGUGACUUUCAAACCUGAUCCACAGAAGGUGGCUGUUUUAUUGCAUACCUGUACAUCAGAUACACCACAUGGGUAACAUUAGGGUUAAUUCUAACGUAUAAGGGUAAUAUUAGUCUAUUAAUAUUAGGUUAAUCCUAACCUAUAUGGGUAAUAUAUAUUAGACUAGGAUUAAAUGUUUAAAGUUGGCGUUAGGAAGUUUCACUACUGGGGCAGAUCACACUGGAUUCUUGGCCUUGGCUGUUUUGUGGCUCCUAAUGUCUCUAAGAUUGUUACGAUUCCAGCAGAAACGAGGCAAGAGGUAGAACGCAAAUGCAGGAGAUGGUUUAUUAAAUGAGAGUAACCAAACACGGAGGGCAAAAUAAAUAGAGACAAAGGGGAAUUAAUCAGACGCAGGUGAACAUAA